AGCAGAGGAGGAAGGACGAUUAUAUGUACCAUCCAUCAACCGAGUGCGCGACUGUUCGAGAUGUUCGAUCAUCUGUACAUACUUGCCGAAGGCCAGUGUAUAUAUCAAGGCAAUGUCGGUGGCCUAGUGCCCUUCUUGUCAUCGAUGGGUCUCGAAUGCCCAAGUUACCAUAAUCCAGCGGAUUACGUGAUGGAGGUUGCCUGCGGGGAGCACGGCGAAUGCGUUCACAAGCUCGUGAUGGCCGUGAACAACGGCAAGUGCAACAACUAUCAGCACCAUCAGGGAGCCAUCGCCGCGGCGCAGACCGUGUCGAACGACAUCGCCAAGGAGUCGCCGCAGGAGCAGACAAAACCGGAGGGAGCCGCUUUGAUACCGAACGGAGUCGCGAAGCCACCGACUGGCGCGACGAUGAUCAACAUGCCGGUUUCAUGCACGACGUCGUUGCUGGACAGCGCGGAAAGUAUAGAGCAGAAGGUCGGCUUCCCGACGAACGGUUGGGUGCAAUUCUGGAUAUUGCUCAAGAGGACAUUCCUAUCGCAGAUACGAGAUAUG